GACCUUCAAAUGGAGACUCACCCGAAUUCCAAAAGCUUCAGGGUGGUCCUCCGCCUCUGCCCCCCAGAGCACAUGGAAUCAGCUGAGCCACAGGUGUCAGUCAGAGUUUCAGGACUGAACUCGGUCACUGCUGAAACCGGCAGGGGUCAUCGUGCUCAUGUCCUGGACUUUGAUGCUGUUUGGAGUGAAGGAGCUUCUCUCAGAGACGUCUAUGAGUCAACAGCCAAGCCCUUGGUGGAGUGGGUGAUAAGGGGGUAUAAUGGGUGUCUGAUAUUGUACGGCCCCUCCAACAGCGUGGACCCCCAUUCAGUUCAGUCCAGCAGCUGCAGACUGAAGGGCAUCAUCAGUCAGGCUGCUGACCAGAUCUUCAGCUCUCCAGAGUGCUCUCUCUGUAAAGUCAGAGUUUCCUUUUACCACAUCUCCAAUGAGAAGAUCUACGACCUGCUGGAGCCUCAGGUGAGUGAGGUGUGCCGUAUUCAUGACACAGAGGAGGCAGUGCUUCUGGAAGGUCUGAGAGAGGUGGAGGUAAGCUCCGCCCAGGAACUGCUGCAGAUGUACCGGCGUGGGACCGCCCACAGGAAUGCAGGGGUCUCUAAGGGAGAUUUUGCCAGCAAGUCUCACAUGGUGUUGAAUAUCAUAGUCAUACAUAUGAGAGGCCAGUUUAAAGAGGGACCUUUAGCUGCCAGCAAGCUCACUCUGGUGGAUCUUGCGAGUUCAGGAAAAGCUGUGCUCCGCAGUUCUGCAGUUCAGGAUGUGAGGAGGAGUUUCCAUGUAGCUCCAGAAAACCUACAGGAGGCCAAAACUCUCAAACGCUCCCUCACCAUCUUCAGAAAUGUGAUAUUUUCUCUGAGUAGUGCAGGCUGCCAGCAUGUUCCAUACAGGGAGUCCAAACUCACUCGUACUCUGAGAGACUGUCUUGGAGGAAACUGUCGGACAUGCCUGCUGGUAGCUGUGGCAACCCAGUCAUCGUCAGUCACUGAGACUAUAAGCUGCUUGCAAUUUGCUGCCCAAGCCAUGAGUGUACCUUCACGGUCAAUACACACCUCACAGAUGUGCUAUACAACUGCACAGGUGCAAAACGUGUGGACAGAAAGGAGUGCCCAUCCGCUGAUCAGAGCACAGAUGUUUCCACCAGUCAGUGCGGACAGAAGAUCUCAGGCCUCCUUGCCCCCUAUCCUGGCCACCUCAGGAGCACCCAAACCCAAACCCAGGAGCAGCUUGGACAGCUCAGAGAGCCGCUCUUUCCUCCCUCAGCUGGAGAAACCAUCACAGACGGACCCGAAUGGACGCUAUGGCCGUGGAUCUCAGAGUGGGGGGGAGAAGAGCAGAGCUGUGGAUGUUUGUGUUUUGAAAGGUGCCUUCCCGCUGUCCAGCUGCCACUCCAACGUUGUUCUGUCUUCAUCCUCUUCCUCACUUGCCUCCUCUCUUGCUUCAGGCACUAUCACAGAGUGCCCCAACUGCAAACAGGAGCGAAAGAUCAGGGAGGAAUACGACAAAUUCAUCAUUCAGGUGAAGAGGGACAGAGACAGCCUGAGCCAGAGGGUGACUGAGUUGGAGAAGGAGCUGAAGAAGAGAGGAGGAGAGGAGAUCAAAACAGAGAGAAAAAAGACAGACAGAGAAGAGAGAGCAAGUGGAAAGGGAGAGACUGAAAAAGAGAUGAACGGUGACAAAAGAGUGAUGAGACAAAUGCGAAGAGAGGAGAGAGAGAGCAGAGGGAAGGAGGGAGAGAGUGGAGAAGAAGAAAAAGCAGAAUGUAAUGGAGGAGAGCGAACGAGAGAGAAUGACUCAAUGAGAAAGGAAUCUUCCACCCCACAUGGAGAGAAGAGCGCAGAGGAGCGCCUGCUGUCGGAGCUGAACAGAAUGAGACAGGAGUGCGAGGGACUGAGGGAGCGGAUGUCUCUGUCCAACACUCAGCUGGAGACAGAAAAGGCUGAGCUGAUGUCUCACAUAGACAACUCCAAAAGCUGCUAUGAGAAAUUGUGUUUGGAGAACGCUGAGCUGAAGGCCAGACUGGAAGCCCUUCUGAAAAACGGCUCUAGGUUGUGCUCUGGGUGCCACGGCAACAUGGAGUCACACACCUCACACACACACACGGAGAGACACUCCUCACACACACACACGGUCACAACAAACACAGAGAUGCUUCUCAUGUCACACUGUGUUUCUCAGCAGUGCACGACUGACCUUCCCCACGGCAGUAAGGGCUGCUUUAGUUCAUGUCCAAGCUUCCUUGAAUCAUCAGAGUGUGGAUUUACAGAGAGAUCAUCUGAGCCAGUCUCACACUCUUGCCACUGUGACUCAGCACAGCACAAACCCAGCCUCUACAAACAGCUGCGGAGGGAGCACACUCUGCUGCUGGACGUGAUGCUGGUGCUGUAUAAGAGGGAGUGGUUCCUGCAGGACGCCAUGCCCUACGUCCGCCGCACGCUCAGGAAAUGUGGCCUCUCACUCGACCACACAGAUUAAACCAACAGUGUUUCUUUUAGUGUGCUUUUGUAUGUGGCCAUUAAAGACUGUAGACAGAGAGCUUAAAAAAUGGCCCAAAUCACACAUUUACUGUAUUUGAUAUUCACAUUGUAAGCAAAAACUGCAUUUUCCUUUUCCAAAAAGCUUGUAAAGAAUGUAUGUCAAGUCAU